AUGGAACUCAACCGAGAACAUUUUCGCGCCCUAAUUUAUUUCAACUUUCAGAGACAAUUAUCGCAACAAGAAUGCCUUGCUGAGUUACUGUCUGUUUUCGGCAACGAAGCACCACAUCAGUCGACAAUUUACCGUUGGUGUGGUGAAAGAAUCAUCCUCCACCAAGACAACGCAAGCUCGCACGCAGCCCAAAAAACAAGGCAUCCCAAUCUAAGUCCUAACGAUUUCUUUACUUUUCCGAGAAUUAAAAACAGACUGCGUGGUCAAAGGUUCCAGCCACCAGAAGCAGCAUCCUUCGAAAAUUGGUUCGAGCGCAUGCAGAUGUAUUAA